CUCGGACCGUUGCUCACUCAAACCAUGGACUUUCAGCAUCGUGCUGGAGGAAAAACUGGGUCUGGAGGGGUCGCUUCAGAUGCGGAGGCCAACAGAGAUAGACGAGAACGCCUCCGACAACUGGCUCUGGAUACCAUCGAUCUGAACAAGGAUCCCUAUUUUAUGAAAAACCAUCUUGGGACUUAUGAGUGCAAACUAUGUUUGACAUUGCAUAAUAAUGAGGGCAGUUACCUGGCCCACACACAAGGGAAGAAGCACCAGUACAAUCUUCAACGCCGUGCGGUUGAACAGGCUCGAGAAGCUCCGGCGACUAUGCAGCCGGAACGCAUUAAGAUAGAACCGAAAAAGUUCAUUAAAAUUGGACGGCCAGGUUACAAGGUGACGAAACAAAAAGACCCAGAGACUGGACAACAAUCGAUGCUUUUCCAAAUCGAUUAUCCAGAAAUAGCCGACUCUGUGGGUGUUCAGCCCAGACAUCGUUUCAUGUCAGCCUACGAACAAAGGGUCGAACCGCCCGAUCGUCGUUGGCAGUAUUUACUGUUUGCUGCUGAGCCGUACGAAACAAUCGCUUUCAAAAUCCCCAGUCGGGAAGUGGACAAAGAUCCGAAAAAGUUGUGGACCUAUUGGAAUCCAAGUGUGAAACAGUUCUUUCUGCAGCCCACAGGUGAAGUAGAACCCUGGACGGUGAACGUGGAACCACCUACGGCCUCGGAGGUUUACGACUGCAUAUGUUCUCUCAAGCGCCACCGAGCUCCCGGUCCGGAUGACCUCCCACCUGCACUGUUCAAAGACGGGGGUGAAGUCCUCAGUCAGCACCUGUCCGACUUGUUUGCUUGCAUUUGGGAAAAGGAGUCUGUCCCAGACAACUGGGGAGAAUCGGUGAUAGUGCCCAUUUUCAAAAAAGGGGCGCGUAGUGAGUGUCGUAACCACAGGGGGAUCAGCUUGACCACGGUUGUAACGAGACUGUUGGCGUCAAUUGUGAUUCGUCGCCUUACGGUGGCUCGUGAAAUACUGACUCGAGAGCAGCAAGCCGCUCCGUGCCAUAAGGCCUUGCUGUUCGCCUACAAGCUGGAAGGCCAGUCGCAUUCGGCAGCCAUGUUGCGUGAUUUGGAAAUGCAAAAAGCCCGUGCUCAACAAGCUCAGCUUCAGCUUCAGUUGCCUCCUCCACCACCGCCUCCACCUCCCCCACCACCCCAAGUAAUCGGACUACCGCCACCUGGCCCCGGCUUUAUGUUCGGCAUGGACUCGGUUCCAGUGUCCAUGCCUCCUCCCCCUCCACCACCGCCUGCAUUGUCGAAGGACGCGACUGGUGGAGGGCUUUUACCACCCCCACCCCCGCCACCACCACCUUCGGUCAGUUCUGCUGGAUUCCCUGCUCCACCCCCGCCUCCGCCACCACCCCCACCACCACCUGUCGCGUUGCUUAGUACCCCUGCUAAUCUUCCUCCGCCCCCACCCCCACCACCCCCACCUGGCCAAAACUAA